UCUUAAAAUUAUGUCUACACUUCAAUCACCUUCUUCUACUAUUGAUCUUGAGCACCUGGAAGAAGAUGGACCAAGUCAAGAAUGCAAAGACGUCGACAUAGAGAAAGGCCAACUAAGUGAGUACCAUGGAUUUUGGAUCCCAACUUGGUCAUUGGAAGGAGUUAUGGCAUCACAAAAACAAUUUCAAGCUCAUGACACUGAUAUCUUAUUGAUGACUGCUCCCAAAGUUGGUACUACCUGGUUUAAGGCCAUCUUAUUCGCCUUAGUGAACCGGAUGCACUACCCAAACCUUCAAGAACAUCCUCUACUCACAAACCUCCCUCAUGCUCUUGUUCCGAUGUUGGAAGUAGAUAUGUACAAAAAAAAAAAGGUUAAAGAUCUCAAUCCUGCCUCUCCAAGACUCCUUUCAACUCAUAUGCCUUACACUUUGUUACCAACAUCUGUGAAAAACUCAACAUGUAAGAUUGUGUAUGUAUAUAGAAACCCUAAAGACACUUUUGUGUCACUUUGGCACUUCCUGAAUAGGGUGCAUUCAACCACCGUCUCGCUUGAAGAAGCUUUUGACAAGUUUUGUAGGGGAAUGAGUUCAUUUGGCCCUUAUUGGGAUCAUGUUUUGAGUUGUUGGAAGGAAAGCAUCGAAAAACCAGCCCGAAAGAUGAUUUUCUUGAAGUAUGAAGAAAUGAAAGAGCAACCAACCAUCCAUUUGAGAAGAAUAGCUGAGUUCUUGGAUUGUCCAUUCUCUCUAGAAGAAGAGGCAAAAGGUACUGUGAAUGAUAUUUUAAAAUUGUGUAGUUUUGAUAACUUGAGUAACUUGGAAGUGAAUAAAAACGGAAGGUUUUGUAUCCCAAAUCAUGAAACAACAUUAUUUCGCCAAGGCAUAGACCAUGCAUCAUUUUUUCGCCAAGGCAAUAGUGGAGAUUGGGUGAAUUACUUCACACCUCAUAUGACAAAGAGAUUGGACCAUAUUAUUGAAGAAAAAAUUUAUGGUACUGGAUUUAAAUUUUAAGUCUUUUAAGUGACAUCAUUGUUGUAGUCAAUUCCUAAUAUGUACUGUACUAUUGUUGAUAUUUUUUAAUUAGUAGCUAGACAUUUGGUCGGAAAGUAAUUAAGUUCGUUGUAUUAAAUGUGUUGACGGUUGGUUAUAAAAUGGGGUUGCUGUAUAAAUAUUGUCUUAAGGAUAAUAUAUGUUGAGAUUUGUUUGGAAAUUAAAAUAAAGUUGUACUAAUUUAUUGUC